AUGCAGACCUUGGUUAUAGAGGAAGAGGACCUUUCCAAGAGGUGGGAGAGACUGCAUCUAUCUCAAGAGGAAAGCAAGGUAUUUCAUGUCUCGGCUGAAGGAAAGUCAGGGAACUCUACAAGAUGGAAGUACUUUAUCAUUGGUGGUAUACUGGUGGACAAAGGAAUAAGCCAUGAAGCAUUUCGGGUGACAAUGUCUCAAGUGUGGAAGUUAGAUGGUUGGGUGCAAUUUAAGGAUCUUGGCAACCACAAAUUCUUGAUUGAAUUCAAACAUCUUGCUGAUAAAGACAGAGUACUAGGGGGAAGACCCUGGUUCUUUGAUCGUAACCUCUUGUCCCUUCAAGAAGUUGAUGAGAGAAUGCCCAUGAACUCUGUUAACUUUAAUUUCGAACCCUUCUGGGUACAGUUGCAUGGGGUCCCCUUGGCUGCAAUGACUGUGGAAGUUGGUACUCAACUAGGUGCUGCCAUUGGGGAAGUAAUCCGUGUAGACGCUGAUUCAAAUGGAUAG